AUGUGGUGCCGCUGUGACUCUGAAACCGGAUGCCUCUUUCAGUGCGACAUGUACACGGGGAAGAAGCCGGAAGGCAUGGGGAUGGGACUUGGUGAAUCUGUCGUUGUCGAGCUCACUAGUACCCUCGAGGGCCUCGGAUGCGAAUUCUUUUUCGACAAUUUCUUCAAUUCUCCAGCCCUCCAGCUUCAACUUUCUGAGAGAGACAUAAAGGCAUGUGGUACCGUACGUGCCAAUCGAAAGGGUAUGCCGAAAGCAUUUCCCAGUGACAAAGACAUGAAACGAGGGGACAUCGCAUCUUUCUCCGCUGAUGGCAUUUGUUGCGUCAAAUGGAUGGACAACCGUGCAGUUGUAAUGCUUUCGAACUUCAUUUCUCCUGUGGAGACCGUCACGGUGCAGCGGCGAUGCGCAGGUACAAAGGAAAAAAAGGUAGACGUUCGUUGUCCCCUGGUCGUGAGCGAAUACAAUAAGGGAAUGGGUGGAGUUGACCUCAUGGAUCAAAAGAAAGUGACGUAUGAAGUGGACAGACGAUCAAGAAUAAAGUACUACCUAAGGGUGUUUUUUGACCUCCUUGACAUUGGCGUCAACACCGGUUACAUUGUCUACUGCAAGAUUCAAAGCGAGAAUCCUAGCCUUCCCCCGCUUACCUCGCUAGAGUUCAGACAAGCUGUGGCGCUCUCUCUCAUUGGGAACUUUUACGGACGUCAUCGUAGUACAGCGAGCAUUGUGCAGACCCAAAAGCGCAGUCAGGUACUCACAAGGCCAGCACCAACGUGCCACCAAAUGGCCAAGGCAUCCGCACGAAAGCGUUGUGUAAACUGUGCGAAAUCAAGGGUGGAAAAUCGCACCAUGAACUGCUGCACAACCUGCGACGUCCACCUGUGUUUUACUACGACGAGGAACUGCUUUAUCGAGUUUCAUAACGGAGGAAAGCACUAG